AUGCAUCAGCAGCUCGAUUUGGAAAAUGAAACAGCUUUGAACGAGGUUCGGCACUUGAAAGAGGAGAUCACUCGACUGAAACAGAGCCACAUGCCUGUCAAUCCCUCUACCCAUGUUGUGAUGCCAUUGGCAGCACUUGAUGAUAUGAAGCAAAACUUGCAGCGACACGUUAAACAAAUCACUUCGAGACUUGACUCUUCGAUCAAGGAAACCGAAAACCGCCGAAGAGCCUACCUGAGAACCGCUUCCGGGCGACCCGAACAUCUCACAGGUGGCCAAAUCGACCGUCCAGCUCACUGA